AUGACUGGAGGGAAAAACAACACAAGUGUUACAAAGUUCAUCCUCCUUGGUUUCUCAGAUCAGCCUCAAAUGAAGGUCUUCCUGUUUGUGUUCUUUCUGGGAGUCUAUCUCCUCACCCUGGCCUGGAACCUGAGCCUCAUCGCCCUCAUCAGGAUGGACACUCACCUGCACACGCCCAUGUACUUCUUCCUCAGUAACCUGUCCUUCCUGGACAUCUGCUAUUCAUCCUCCACAGCUCCUAAGAUGCUUUCUGACAUCAUCACAGGGCAGAACAUCAUUUCUUUUGUGGGCUGUGCCACGCAGUACUUUGUUUUCUGUGGAAUGGGGCUGACUGAAUGUUUGCUCCUGGCAGCCAUGGCUUAUGACCGGCAUGCUGCAGUCUGUAACCCAUUGCUCUACAUGGCGCUCAUGUCCCACACACUGUGUUUAAAGAUGCUGGCUGGUGCCUAUGUGGGUGGAUUCCUUAGCUCUCUAAUUGAAACAUGCUGUAUCUAUCAGCAUGAUUUCUGUGGGUCUAAUGUAAUCAACCACUUCUUCUGUGACCUCCCUCCAGUCCUGGCUUUGUCCUGCUCCGACACCUUCACCAGUCAGGUGGUGACCUUCAUUUUGGGUGUUGUGGUAGGAUUGGUCUCUGCCCUUGUGGUCUUCAUCUCGUAUGGAUAUAUUGCUGCUGCUGUGCUGAGGAUCAGCUCAACUAAAGGCCGGACCAAGGCCUUCAGCACCUGUGCAUCUCACCUAACUGCUGUGAGCCUCCUCUAUGGCUCUGGUCUCUUCAUGUACAUGAGACCCAGUUCCAGUUACUCCCUCAGCCGGGACAAAGUGAUAUCUGUAUUCUAUGCUGUAGUGAUCCCCAUGAUGAAUCCCAUUAUCUACAGCUUCAGGAAUAAGGACAUUAAAAAUGCCAUGAGGAAAGUUAUGGAAAGGAAACAUAUACUUUCUCAUGGGCGUUCAUUUUUCUGA